CAGCUCUGGCUCAGCCACAGCGUCUUACUGCCAGGCGAAGGAAGCAGUCCAGGAAACACACACACACACAGAUCAGUCGGACCUAACCAGCUGUGUCCAGGAGCAUCUCCUGCAGCCUGAGCCGAGUGUUGGAUGUUUGGACUUGAUACGUCUUCACAUGGAGGCAUCUGGAGCGGCUAGUGCUCCAGGAUUUAUUCUCUAACCUGUGGCAGAGACUUCAGCAGUGGGACGAUCCCGGCUGUGGUUUUUUUUUGGGAUUCUAGAGCUGGAAACUCAUGAGCGUGCACACCGACGUUUUAUACCUGUAGCAUCAUGUUGUUGAUGUUGUGUGUCAUGACUGCUGUUAACAGUUUGGACUGUGUGUGAGAAGCAGCCAGAGUUUCUGUUUGUGUGUGUGUUUGGUGCAUGAAUGUGUGUGUGUCAGGAUGAGUGUUCCCAUGCUGAAGAUUGGCGCGGUGCUCAGCACCAUGGCUAUGGUAACUAACUGGAUGUCCCAGACUCUGCCGUCGCUGGUCGGACUCAAUGGAACCGUCAUUUCCUCUGAGGGCACACAUGAGCGGAUCGUCAGUGGUUUGUACCCGGGCUCAGAGGAGGGCUGGCAGGUCUACAGCACGGCUUCAGAUCCUGACGGCAGGUGUGUUUGCACGGUGGUCGCUCCGGCACGAAACCUCUGCAAACGCGACCCUCGGAGUCGACAACUACGCCUGCUGACUGAACAGGUUCAGAAUGUGAGUCAGUCCAUGGAGGUGGUAGACCUGCGGACAUCCAGAGACCUGCAGUAUGUCCGAGACUCUGAGCCGCUGCUGAGAGGAGUGGACGGACGUUUACACACUUACGUCGCCAACCCCCGGACUCUGACGGCUAAAGGCCUGCAGGAGUUAAAGGGCCAGAUGUCUCAGCUACGACCCCUUCUGUCCGUGGUCGAGCAGUACAGAUUGGACCUGCAGACGCUGGCCACCCUUCGACUGGAGCUCCUUAACCUGUCAAUCAUCCUGACAGCCAUUCAGGAAGAGAUCGGAGCGUACGACUAUGAGGAGCUCCAGCAGAGAGUUUUACUGCUGGAGACCAGGCUACACAGCUGCAUGAACAAACUCGGUUGUGGUCGUCUGACGGCAGUUAGCAGCCCAAUCACCGUGAGAGCCUCGGGGUCCCGAUUUGGCUCCUGGAUGACUGAUGCCAUGAUUCCCAGCUCUGACAGCAGGGUGUGGUCGAUGGACGGCUACUAUAAGGGCAGGCGUGUGUUGGAGUACAGGACCAUGGGGGAUUUCACAAAGGGGCAGAACUUUGUGCAGCAUCUGUUGCCCCACCCCUGGGCGGGAACCGGCCACGUGGUUUACAACGGGUCACUCUACUACAACAAACACCAGAGCAACAUCCUGAUCCAGUACCAUUUCCGCUCUCGCAGCAUUUUGCUGCAGCGCAGCCUGAGUGGAGCCGGCUACAACAACACCUUCCCCUACAGCUGGGGAGGGUCCUCUGACAUCGACCUCAUGGCGGAUGAGAUGGGACUCUGGGCCGUCUACACCUCCAUCCCAAAUGCUGGAAACAUUAUGGUGAGUCGUCUGGACUCUCGCUCGCUGGAAGUCCUCCGGAGCUGGGACACGGGGUUUCCUAAGCGCAGCGCAGGGGAAGCCUUCAUGAUCUGCGGCACCCUGUAUGUCACCAACUCCCACCUGGCCGGGGCCAAGGUACACUUUGCCUACCACACCAACUCCUCCACGUACGAGUACACCGACAUCCCCUUCCACAACCAGUACUCCCACAUCAGCAUGAUGGACUACAACCCCAGAGAGAGAGCGCUGUACACCUGGAACAACGGACACCAGGUGCUCUACAACGUCACACUGUUUCACGUCAUCAGGAGUGAUGGAUAGAUCGACACGUAGGAAAUGGUAAAAAAAAAAAAAGAGGGAGUAUUAUAGAGUCAAAGGCGAUGGGUCGUUAAAGGGUACUGCAACUUACAACACACACACACACACACACACACACAAUGGCCAUUCACGUCAACAGGAAAAUGAGUACCGUCUGUGUUUGAAUAUGAAUGACUUCUAGACUGCGAGAGCUCACUGAGCUAAUAACUAGACACAAAACACAGUUGUGGAACACAAGCCUAAAGGUCACAGACAAGAGUAUUCAUCACAGCGAAGAUGGAAAUUAACUGCUUCUGCUACAGGGACGCUGAUAGAAAAAAGUCAGAUCAUCCUAUUCUGUUGCGUUUCAUUCCACUUGUGUCUCAAGAAGUGAUUUUGGAAGUUGAGGUUGAUUCGUCAGAAAAAAAAAGAAAAAAAAAAAUGCCGCUCGUGAACUGAAUUUUAACUCGCCUUCAAACUUUGAGCUUUGACGACGGACCUGAUGGAGAUAUUCUGGGUUUGUGAUGUGAUCGUGGACGUGUUCAGUCAGCAUGGUUGUUCAUUCAAUAAACAUUACUGUCAAACUUAA